CUGGCCUCAGCUGUACCCUGACUGAGCCAGUAAUGGAUGCCUUUGGGGGAGCUCCCCGAUUUCUCGCCUACCCCCGCACUUCCACAGUACAGAGUGGUACCAAUGCGGUACUGAAAUGGCAAGUCGCUGGUGAGCCGCGCCCUAACAUCGUCUGGGAGAAGGAUGGCUCGGAGCUGGAGCUGCCAUCGGGCCGGAUGUUUGUGGAGGCUGAUGGGGAUGCCUACAGCCUGCUGGUGUCUCAGACUGGACCGGCGGACAGCGGGCGUUAUGUGUGCAAAGCUAAGAACAGUGUGGGUGAAACCUACGCUGCUGCCACUCUCAAAGUGGAGACAGCAGAGCUGAAAACCCAGGGAGAUCUGGAUGCCCUGCCUCCAGUCUUCCUGAAUAGGCCGGUCUCGGCACGGGUGGCCCGAGGAGAGGACGUGACUUUUGCCUGCAGGGUCUCGGGGCAGCUUGAGUGGGAGAAGGACGGGCACAAACUGUCAGACAUCUUUGAGAGCAGCCAUUACAAAGUGGGCGUAGAGCCUGGCGACUGGCAUGCUCUGCAUAUCUACAACGCCCGUCUGCCCGAUGCAGGCGUCUAUGUGUGCCGGUCACAGAACAGUUUUGGAGAGGCCACGGCUGCCGCCGUGCUCCUGGUGGAUUCCGUGGCCUGCAUUCCUCAUGACGAGCCCCCAAACUGCCACUUCAAGAAGCAGCGAGAGGAGCAAGACCAUAAGAGAGGGCGGCAUCAUCCUGGGCAACAGGUGUUGCCAGAAGCCAGGCAAAAUGGAGAGGUGCUUCCCAGCCUACCCACUGCAAAGGCCUUUACUGUGAAUGAAGGGAAACACGCCAAGUUCCGCUGCUACGUCACUGGCAAGCCCAAGCCGGAGAUCAUCUGGCAGAAGGAUGGGAAGGUGCUGUCCCCUGGAAGGAGGCACCUGCUCUACGAGGACAGGGAGGGCUACUUUAUUCUCAAGGUGCUUUACUGCACAGCACGGGAUUGUGGGCUCUAUGUGUGCACGGCCUGCAACACAGCUGGCCAGACACUCAGCGCUGUGAGCCUCCAUGUCAAAGAACCCCGGCUCCGGUUCCAAGCGCCUUUGGUGGACGUGGAAGUCAUGGAACGCCAGGAUGCAGUGUUAGAGUGCCGAGUGCCUCUAGAGGCCAUCCCUACGGUGUGGUAUCUUGAAGAUAAGCGCUUGCAGCCCAGUCCCAAGUACCUGAUGGAAGAGCAGGGCCUGCUGCGGCGGCUGACAGUGCGGGACGCCCGGGCCGAUGAUGAUGGCAUCUACCUGUGCGAGAUGGAGGGCAAAGGCCGUAGCGUUGGGGAGCUCUCAGUGCAAGGCCUGAUAGUGAAGCGGUUGCCACGAAAACUGGAUGUGAUGGAAGGGGAGAACGCUGCCUUCUAUGUGGAGACCCGGGAACCUGUGGAGGCGACGAGUUGGGACCGUAACGGGCAGGAACUGGUGGAGGCGCCGCACACCCUCAUUCGGAGCUUUGGCAAAACCCACCUUCUGGUCCUGGUGCACGUGUCACGGCAUGACGCUGGCGUCAUCACUUUCAUGGCGGGCGAGUCACAAACCUCAGCACAGCUCCGUGUCAAAUGUGCCAAGAGGAUCCCACCAAGUGCACCGGUGGCAGCGAGGAUGUGCACGACCCGCAGCAAUGCCGCCCUCCUGACUUGGUGUCCACCACCCGAUGUGCACCGCAGCCCGCCAAGCGGCUACAUCCUUGAGAGACAGGCUGUGGGAGAGGCUGAGUGGGUGCCUUGCCUUACCACGGAUGUCGCCAGCAUGGUCGAAGUUCCGGGGGAUGGUGUGCCCCAGGAGGCUGACUACCGCUUCCGUGUGUGUUCUGCCAAUCAGUACGGGUGCAGCGAGCAUGUGGAGUUCCCAGGCUCUGUGCACCUUGUGCCCAGGGUCCGUGUACAAAGGGGACUACAAGAUGUUAAUGUUCACGUCGGAGAGGAUGCCACUUUCUCAGUGCAGCUUUCAGCCACCACAAGUGGUUGCUGGUUCUUGAAUGGGAAAAGGUUGGAGGAAGAGGAGGAGGAGGAGGAGGAAGGCCAGCAGUACGAGAUCACACACAGUGGAGCUGACCAUGCCUUGCUGAUCAGAGGUGUGCAGCUCACAGCCAGUGGGUCCGAGGUGCAAUUUGAGGCCAACGGUGUGAAGGACAGUGCAGUAUUGCAUGUAAAAGCCCCACAGGUACACAUCACCCCAGUGCCUGAGGCCAGGCGACUCCGAGCACUUCUGGCUGGGAUGCCUCUGCUCCUGGAAUGUGAGGUCUCUGUACCCGACGCCCCCGUCUUCUGGUUCAAAGAAGGGAAUCCUGUGGGCUUGGAUGACGGUGCCCUCACGGUCCAGUCUGAAGGCUGCAUCCGCAGGCUCUUGAUUCCCUUGGUCUGCUCUUCGGACUCUGGGACGUAUACGUGCGAUGCGGGAAGUGAUGCCAUCAGCUUCAUGGUGACUGUGGAUGAACCUCCUCUGAAGGUCAUUCACUCCAAUGCUGAGGAGGCCCACGCCUACCAGGUCUCAGAGCGCGUGGUGCUGUCCUGUGAACUGUCCUGGCCUGAUGCUCCUGUGCGCUGGUACAAGGACGGGGAGGCCAUGGAAGAAAGCCAGAGCCUCCUGCUCGAGAGUGAGGGGCCUCACCACCGCUUAGUCAUUCCCUCAGCACGGGUGCAGGACGCAGGGGAGUUUGUGUGUGACAUAGGUAGAGAUUCUGUCUUCUUCAACAUCACUAUUGCAGAGCUGCCUGUGCAGGUUGUUUGCUCCAAUGCGGAUGAAGCCCAUGCCUAUCAGGCCUCGGAACGUGUGGUGUUGUCCUGCGAACUGUCCCGCCCUGAUGCUCCUGUGUGCUGGUACAAAGAUGGGGAUGAGGUGGAGGAGAGUGCGGGCCUUCUGCUAGAGAGUGAAGGUUCCCACCACCGGCUGGUCAUUGCCUCCGCUCAGGUGCAAGACACAGGAGAGUUUGUGUGUGACGCAGGUGGCGACUCCGUCUUCUUCAAUAUUACUGUCACAGAACCUCCUGUACGGGUCGUGCACUCCAAUGCAGAGGAGGACCAUGCCUACCAGGCCGCAGAGCGUGUGGUGCUGUCCUGUGAGCUCUCUCGCCCUGGUGUUCCUGUGCGCUGGUACAAAGAUGGAGAAGAGGUGGAAGAAAGCGAGGGCCUCUUGCUGGAGAGCGAGGGCCCCCAGCACCGGCUGGUCAUUCCUUCAGCACAGGUGCAGGAUUCAGGGGAAUUUGUGUGCGAUGCAGGUGGCGAUUCUGUUUUCUUCAACAUCACUGUCACAGAGCCACCUGUGCAGAUUAUGCACUCCAAUGCAGAUGUGGCCCAUACUUACCAGGUCUCAGACCGUGUGGUGCUGUCCUGCGUGCUGUCCUGCCCCAAUGCUGCUGUCCGCUGGUACAAGGAUGGGGAGGAACUGGAAGAGGGCAAAGGCUUGCUAUUAGAGAGUGAAGGGCCCCACCGAAGGCUCAUCCUUUCGUCAGCGCAGGUGCAAGACACAGGCGAAUUUGUGUGUGAUGCGGGCAGUGACUCUGCCUUCUUCGUUGUUACUAUUGCAGCUCCCAAGGUGUACAUCACUCCAGUGCCAGAGGCCCAGCGCCUCCAGACGAUCCUGGCUGGGACGCCUCUCCUCCUGGAGUGUGAAGUCUCUGCCUUGGAUGCCCCUGUUCAGUGGCUCAAGGAUGGGGAACCUGUGCCUUUAGAGGGUGGCCACCUCACUGUCCAAUCUGAGCGCUGCAUUCGGAGGCUGCGGAUCCAUUCAGCCUGCCCCUUGGACUCUGGGACGUACGCAUGCGAGACGGCGGAUGACUCUGUGGACUUCAUUGUGACCGUGGAUGAGCUGCCUGUUCGAGUUGUGCAGUCCAAUGCAGAUGCAGCCCAUGUCUACCAGGUGUCAGAGCGUGUGGUGCUGGCCUGUGAGGUGUCCCGCUCUGAUGCUCCUGUGCACUGGUACAAGGAUGGAGAGGAGGUGGAAGAAAAUGGUGGCCUCCUGCUGGAGAGCGAAGGGGCCCAUCGCCGUCUGGUCAUUGUCGAGGCCCAGGUUGAGGACACAGGAGAGUUUGCUUGUGACAUGGGUGGCGACUCCGUCUUUUUCAACGUCAACGUCACAGAGCCCCCAGUGCGGAUUGUGCACCCGACCGAGCGUUCUCUGGAGAAGCAGGUGUGGGCUUUUGAGCGCCUGGAGCUGAGCUGCCAGGUGUCCCUUGCUGCUGCCGCUGUGCGCUGGUUCAAGGAUGGCCUGGAGGUAGAUGAGACUCACAACCUGUCGCUUCAGGUGGAGGGUGCUGAGCGUCGCCUGGUUGUCCUGCAGGCAAGUGCUGAAGAUGCUGGCGAGUACAUCUGCGAGACCAAGGAUGAGUCUGUCUCCUUUGAUGUCAGGGUUUCAGACCCCCCAGUGCAGAUUGUGGGGCGCGAUGAGCUGCAGACGCACCACCGCUGCCUGGCUUCGGAGGACCUGGCAUUAUCAGUGACGCUGUCUUGUGCUAAAGGAGAGGUGAAGUGGUACAAGGAUGGGGAGAAGCUGCAGGACACGGACCGGGUGCGACUAGAGCAGGACGGGACGCACCAUUCGUUGGUGAUUCUGGGAGCGGAACACUGUGAUGCAGGGGAAUAUCUGUGUGACAGUGGUGAUGACAGCCUCAUCUUCUAUGUCACAGUGGAGGAGCCUCCCAUCUCCAUCCUGGGAAACACAAGGGUGCCGGAACACCACUCCUUGGCAGCAGGAGAAGCGCUAGUCUUGGCUUGCAAGGUGUCUUCACCUAGUGCUGCUGUGCGCUGGCUGAGAAAUGGAGAAGAGCUAGUAGCCAGCAAGCGUAUUCACACUGAAGCCCAUGGAAGCCACCGGCAACUCACCAUCCUUGGGGCCAAACCGGGAGAUUCAGGCACUUAUGUGUGUGAUGCAGGCACUGACUGGAUGGAGACCACAGUAGAAGUGGCAGCACCCCCUGUGCGCAUUGUGAAUAAGAAUGAUGCCCAGGUGCCCGUGGAAGUCCAGGAAGGAGAGAACAUGACGUUGGUUGCCCGACUUUCCCAAGAGAAGGCUGUCCAGUGGCUGAAAAACAUGCGGCCACUUUACUCUGGGCCACGCAUGGUGAUGAGCAGCGAUGGGCUGGUGCGCAGCCUAACCAUCCGGCAAGCUGAGCCAGGGGACAGCGGUAUCUUUACCUGUGAUGCAGGAGAUGAUGAAGUACAUUUCACAACGUAUGUGCAAGAGGCCCCAGUAUUGUUUGUACCAAAGCCAGAGCAUCCAGAGAAGGUGCUGGUGCUGGAGGGUGGCAGUGCAGUGCUCUCGGCCAUCGUCUCCAAGGAGCCAGCAGUGGUGAGCUGGGAAGGACCCCGAGGCGCCCUGGUGGCGGGCGAGCACUGCCAGCUGCGCAGAGAGGGCCGGGUGCACAGCCUCCUGCUGGGCAACGUCGUCAAGGCUGAUGCUGGCGAGUACAUCUGCCACUCCCCUCAUGACCAACUGCGUUUUGAGCUUAGCGUCAAAGAGCUGCCGGUGAAAUUUGUUCGAGGUCUGUCAGAUGUGUCAGCACUGCAGGGGGAGACGGUGCUGUUUUGGUGUGAGUUGUGCAAAACCAAGGGUGACGUAGCCUGGCUGAAGGAUGGGCAGGAGCUAGAACCCAACGAACAUCUGGAGAUCCGAGCAGAGGGACGGGAGCGCUCCUUGACCUUGAGCCACGUGGGGCCUGAGGAUGCUGGCGAGUACUCAUGUGAAAGCAAGGAUGACCGCACCCUGGCUAUCCUCACUGUCCAGAUCCCUAGGUUGGUGGAGGUAGUUUCGGAGCUGCACAACUUAACAGUGCUGGAGGGGGAUGAUGCCACCUUCAAGGUCGUGGUGUCUCCAGAUGAUGUUGCUUUGAAGUGGCAGUUGAAUGGCCAAGACGUGGCACCCAGCGAGCGCUUGGCCAUGACCCGGAGCGGGCUGUGCCACACCCUCACCAUACGACAGUGCCGGCUGAGUGACACCGGCAUAGUCACUGUCCAUGCAGAAGGCCGGGUGAGCUCGGCCAGGCUCAGUGUGCAAGAGGCUCAGGUGCUGUUUGUGCAGACGCUGCGUGACUUGGCUGCUGAGGAGGGUCAGGACGUGCGCUUGGAAGUGGAGCUGAGCUUGGAGAGUGCUGAGGUGCAGUGGAUGAAGCAGGGCAUCCUGCUCCAGCAGAACACCAAGUACGCGAUGGAGGCACACGGGCCCCGGCGGGCCCUCACCGUUUACAACGUGGAGCUUGCAGAUCGAGGCACCUACCGCUGUGAGAGCCUUCAUGACCGCACCCAAGCCAGGCUGAGUGUGGAACCCCGAAAGGUGAUGGUGAAGAAACCACUCUCAGAUGUGGAGACUUUUGAAAAGGAGACGGUGACCUUUGAGCUCGAACUGUCCCAUGCCAAUAUAUCCGGGGUCUGGACGCGCGAUGGCCUCCGUGUGAAGCCCAGCUCCACCUGCCGAGUCAGUGCUAUGGGCUGUGCUCACAGCCUGACGCUGCUGGGGCUCACGCUAGAUGACUCGGGGACAGUGGCCUUCACUGCUGACAGUGUGCGGAGCAGCGCCCGCCUAAUGGUCCGAGAACCACCAGUUGCCAUGCUGCGCUUUCCCCAGGAUAUGGGCAUCCCUGAGACAGGCUCAGCCACCUUUGAGUGUGAACUGUCUCGGCCCCUGGCUGAAGUGAAGUGGUUCAAGGACGGGGAGGAGAUCCAGACAGGGCCCAAUUGCCGCGUGUAUUCGGUAGGACGCCGGCGCCUCCUGCAGCUCAAUCACUGUGGCCUUGAAGAUGCGGGCGAGUACACUUGUGACGCUGGUGACUGCCGUGGCUCUGCCAAACUCCGUGUCUUUGAACGCCAGGUUCAGAUUGUGCGGGAGCUAGAAGAUGUGCGCGUGCGGGAGAAUGAGAAUGCUGUCUUCGUGUGUGAGGUGUCGCUUGAGGAGGUGAAGGGAGAAUGGUUCCGGGAUGGAGAGAGGAUCAAAGUCACCAGCAUUGUGAAAAUACGGCAGGAAGGAACCCGGCACUUCCUGCUUCUGUGCUGUGUUCGUCCCGAGGAUGCAGGCCUGGUCCGCUUUGUAGCCAAGGCAGCCACUUCUGAAGCCCGCUUGGAAGUGGAGGCAUUGCCCAUUCGCAUUGUGAAGCCACUGCGGGACAAGACUGUUCUAGCACGGCACAAAGCCACCCUGGAAUGCACGGUGUCUCAGUCUCGUGGGCGUGUGCGCUGGUUUCGUGGUGACAGGGAGAUCUUCGCUGGCCCGAAGUAUGAGAUCUGCAACUUGGACUGUUACCGAACCCUCGUGAUCCACUCAGUUGAGCCUGCAGAUGAGGGUCUGUAUACUUGUGAUGCACUGGAUGACUGCUCCACGGCCCGCCUGCUAGUGGAGGCUGAAGGGAUCCAGGUGGUGCGGGCCCUGCGGAAUGUGGAGGUGGUGGCCCCCUCUGAGGCUCGGUUCGAGUGUGAGAUAUCUGCUCCUGCCUCUUUCACCCCCCAGUGGAGCCUCAAUGGAGAGGAAUUACAGUCGGGCUCCCGGGUGCAAAUGGAGAGUGUGGGACACAUCCAUAGGCUGAGGCUCUGCCAAACAGAACCUGGCAUGUGUGGGAUGGUGAAGGUUACCGUUGGCAAUGCCCGCUCCAAAGCCCACCUCACAGUCCGAGAGCGCUAGCGUCAGGAAGGUCCUGAGUGCAGGGGAGCCAUGGAUAAGGUGGAAGGUCCGGGGCCAUCAAAGGAGGGCGGAGAUGGCGAGGUGGUGACAGAUGCAUGGACAGCCAGAAGAAUGGACACACAGACAGACAAUUCCUCUUCCUGUCUCCCUCUUCUGCAUGACAAGGGAAGCAGGUUCUGCUUUAUUAAACGCUCUUGAUUCCUG